CAUCAUUGUAUCUUGAUUUGAUCUCUUUUGUUUUUGUGUGUAUCUGUACUUUUUUCAUCUACAACACCAAAAACACCAUCAGACAUAUACACAUCUACAUCUACAUCACAACCGCCAUCAUGCUUCUUCCUUCAUUCAGCUCCGUGGCCGGAGCCCUCGUCGCCGCCUCCGCCGCCUGCAACAACUCUCCCGACCUGUGCAGCCGUAGCUACAACAACGUCACCCACAUGGGGGCUCACGGCAGCUCCUUUCUCCGAGACUCGUCUACGUCGACGUUUGGUGCCGCCGGUAACCAGAACUACAACGCUACUGAUGCCCUCGGUGCUGGUAUUCGUCUUUUGCAGGCCCAGGUUCACAAGGAGAAUAGCACCCUCCGCCUGUGUCAUACUACGUGCGAGAUUCUUGAUGCUGGCCCCCUUGAGGAUUGGUUGAGCAACGUCAACGACUGGAUCGUCGCCAACCCUAACGAGGUCGUCACCUUCCUCCUCGUCAACUCCGACAAGGCAUCUCCCUCUGAGAUUGGAAAGGCUUUCAACGACUCGGGCAUCGCCGAUCUCGCUUAUAGACCUUCCGGCGAAGGACCUUCUGGCGACUGGCCAACUCUCGAGGACAUGAUUAGCGGGAACCAGCGCGUCGUCGCCUUUGUCACCAACAUCGACCCAUCGACCGACUACCCUUUCCUGAUGCCCGAAUUCGACUACGUCUUCGAGACGGCCUUUGAGGUGCAGAACCUGGGCGACUUCAACUGCACCCUCGACCGACCCUCCAAGCUUGACAGUGCCACCGCAGCCCUAUCGUCCAACUAUCUCAGCCUGGUAAACCACUUCAAGUACCAGAGCUUGGUCGAGGGCAGCGACCUGUUCGUCCCCGAUGUGAACAACAUUGAGAUUGUCAACAGCGACAACACGACUCAGGAUGGAAACCUAGGCAAGCAUCUCCAGGAGUGUCGUCAGGAGUGGUCUGCCCCUCCCAACUUUGUGCUCGUCGAUUUCUUUGAGGACGGCCAGGUUCUCGCCGCCGCCGACACGAUGAACGGCAUCUCGGGUGCCACUGGUCGCGAGGCUGUCGAGGACACCGAUGACGAGUCCAUGGGCAACAGCCCUGAUAGGCGGCUGGGCAUGACCGCCCUGACUGCCUUUGUCGCUGCUGCGGUUCUGCUGGUGUAAACGACACCCUCAGUUUCGGCAUAUUUCUUUUGUUUUCUUGCGACAUACACCCCACAAAACACAUGCUUAUCAGGUCCUGAGUGGCCUCAUCUCAUAAAUCAGGUUGGUAAAUUUGGGCACAGCGAGGCGUUCAGGUUUAGCAAGCUUUGCAUUGCGUUCGGGCGGAUAGGAUGGAUAUUGGUAUACCUGAUGAAUCAACUGGAUCAGGCUGCAUUUAGCAUAGAUUGGGAAAAUUGGUCUACAUAACUGAGGGGAUACAACUCCAACUCUUACAUAGAUAGACUGAUGAAUGAACAAGGCAUAUAUGCCAUGGAGAAUUUGAAGUCGA